AAUUUAUGGAUAAAAUUACUAAAAACGUGGUUUUAAUCAGGACAUUAGAAGCAAAAAUUCUUCUCGUCCGAACAUUUUCCUUCACACGUCUGUUGCUUCUUGAUGUUGCUUUUUCAAUUUACUUAUGGAAUAUUUGGACACCAAAUUGGGAAUGGACAGUCAAUGAAUUUUGGGAUCAAACUGGAAAUGUUGCUGAUAAUUUGAACGGAACAAUAACAUGGCUGAGAAGUAAUCCAGCUGGACUUAAACUUAAUACUCCCGUAAAUGAAACUCUUGCAUGGUUCUUCACUUAUCACAUUUAUCUAUGGACAACUUUCAUUGGAUUUCUUCGUUCUGAUGCAUUCUUCCGGUUCAUCGCAUACUCUUUGAUCGGUGGCAUUUCAACAUUUUCUGCGAUGGUUUACGAUUUCUCGCAAAUAUUUUUCUUGCACUUCAAUUGUUUUGAUGCCUACGCUACCAAAUUGUGCUACCUUUGUUACUACACUUUAACAGUUCUUUGGAGCCUUGUGAGGGGAAAGAAGUGGAAUCCAUUGAGAGAACGAAAAGACACUGUAAUCCUCGACACUCGUCAGCAAUUCCUGGCAACUUCUCUGUUCGUCAUCCUUCUUUUCAUUCUUCCUACAAUUUUUGUCUACUUCGUCGUCUUCCGAUGUCUUCGACUCGCUGUAUCGGCACUUCAAACCGUGCUCUAUUUCUUCGCAACGUGGCCAUUUCAACUGUUUGCUCUUGAAAAACAUUUAGCUGAAAAAUACGGAAAACCAGCGGAUGCACAAAACGAAGCAUUGGCUGAGAAGAAAACAAAAUCCCAAAACUGAAUUUGGAUAUAUUCAAUUUUGAUAUCUUCGGGUUUUGUUCUCAUCAUGAGUUUUUUCGUUGUAUAUGAAAAUAAAAUUUUGCCAAUU